AUGUACUUAGAGAGGCUUCAUCUUGGACUCCCGCAGCAGAGUAGACACUCUUUGAAGAAUCUGUAUGCUAGUAGCCAGAUGAGGCUGCUGUGCGGCUGGCCGGAGGGGACUCAGUGGCUGGCAUUCAUCGCUCCUGAGAUUUGGAAUCAUACUGAAGAACCAUGACUGGAAAACCCUCCAGAUUGGCGGCUGUAGCGGGAGGAGCGUUUGAUUCCUCCUGACCUGUCCCCUGUUUCAGAUUAUGCAAUCAUCAUCUGACUCUCCUGAGAAGACGUCCGCAUCAAACCACCAGAUCCUUCAGCUCAGUCAGGGCGGGGCGGCAGCGGGGGCUGCUGUGGAAGACCCUCCUUGGCCUCUCUGUCGGCCUCCCUGCAGCAGCGGCUGCAAAGUAUGCCGCCUCAGAGCCGAGGCAGAGGAGGAAGAUGAGGAUUGUGGUUGAGGGAUUCGGCCGUUUCUGCAGGUCUCUGUCAGUGGGGAUCUUCAUCUCUGUGGAUUACUGGUGGACCACCAACGUGGCUCUGCGAGGGAUGGAUGAGAGCAGCCCAUCCUACAUGUCAGAGAUGUCAGCCUGCCACCAGCGGGCGGCGGACCACAUGGUGGAGGGAGCCAUCAGGAACGGAGGGCUCUACAUCAAACUGGGCCAGGGGCUUUGUGCCUUCAACCACCUGCUGCCCCCCGAGUACAUCAGCACCCUGCAGGUCCUGGAGGACAAAGCCCUGGACAGGCGGUACAAGGAGGUGGACGCUCUCUUCCUGGAGGACUUCAAGAAAACCCCAGAGCAGCUUUUUAAAACCUUCGACUACGAGCCCAUCGCAGCGGCCAGCUUGGCUCAGGUCCACAAGGCGGAGCUCCAGGAUGGGACGCCUGUCGCCGUUAAGGUGCAGUACAUCGACCUCAGGGACCGCUUCGACGGAGACAUCCGAACCCUGGAGAUCCUGCUGGAUGUCAUCAAGUUCAUGCACCCUAGCUUUGGAUUUCGAUGGGUCCUAAAGGACUUAAAGGGGACUCUGGCUCAGGAGCUGGACUUUGAGAACGAGGCUCGGAACUCGGAGCGCUGCGCCUCGGACCUGAAGCAUUUCCAUUUUGUAGUCGUACCCAAAGUCUUCUGGGAGCAAACCAGCAAAAGGGUGCUGACGGCGGAGUUUUGCAGCGGCUGCAAAAUCAACAAUGUGGAAGAAAUCAAGCGGCAAGGAAUAAGUCUGAAAGAUACUGCAGACAAACUGAUCCGAAUAUUUGCGGAGCAGAUCUUCUACACAGGCUUCAUCCACGCCGACCCGCAUCCUGGAAACGUUCUGGUGAGAAAAGGUCCAGAUAAGAAGGCGGAGCUGGUGCUGUUGGAUCACGGCCUCUACGAGUUUCUCAGUCAACACGACAGAGAGGCUCUGUGCAAACUGUGGCGGGCCGUCAUCCUGAGAGACGAGGCGGCCAUGAAGCGGUACUCUGACGCUCUGGGGGUCAAAGAGUACUUCCUGUUCUGCGAGAUGCUGCUGCAGCGCCCCAUCAGCAUGCGGACCUUGAAGCUUUCCAACAUCCUGAGCCGGGAGGAGACGGCCUACAUGCGGGAAAUGGCGCUGAACCGCUUCGAGAGCAUCAUGCAGGUGCUGAAGGCCAUGCCCCGACCCAUGCUGCUGGUGUUCCGGAACAUCAACACGGUCCGGAGCAUCAACAUCACUCUAGGAGCGCCGGUGGACCGCUACGGCAUCAUGGCCAAGAGCGCGGUUCGAGGCUACGGGAAGAUUCAGGCGGAGAAGACGGGGAUACUGCCGCGGUUACGGAUCAUCAGCUGGUGCAGGACGACCUGGGAGAGCCUGAAGUUUCAGGUGGCCUUAAGGUCAGAGAUGGCCAUCAUGAGUCUGACCAGGACGUUCCUGAGGCUGCUGGAGGUUCUGGGUCUCAACACUCUGGACGCUGAGGUGUACAAUUACCUGACGUAGUGCCGCAAUGAAGCACUAGGGGGAGCUGUUCCAGAUACACAAGGAGAUGAUGCAGAUUUUAUUGUUUUUAGCCAAAAAACAUUGAGAGUCGGGAUGAGGAGAUAAUCCAGGACACCUGCCUGCCACAGCGACUGACUAUCCUGUCAUUUUAGGAUUUACUGUUUUCUUUUUGUUUUGUAAAAAGCAGAAAAACAUUGAAAGACAAAUGGAGUUAAAUUUGUUCCAUUAUUGUGCCGAGAACAUGUUUUAGGAAUUAAAGAAGAAAAUACAUUCCAGGGAAAAAAAAAACAAAACAG